UAUCACUUCAACCAGUAUACAGUGAUCCGGAAAAGCGAGGCGGAAAAGAAGGGAACCGAAGCUCGAACCAGAUUUACGAUAAGGUGUGCGAGCUAGUAUUCAUAUCCUCAAUAUUCAUUCUACAAAUCGGGCCCCUGGUGGAAUGGCCACUAUGGCUUCAAACUCAAACACAGUUCACAAUGUUCGCUCAAACCGACCCUCCAACGUGGGACCAUCUGCUUUGAAUGGUGAGAGGUCGCGGGGGACCCAUAGAGGCAUGGGAAAGAGCUUUGCGAGUGGCAACGCCGGCUGGAACCCCAGUAUCUGGGGGAAUGGCUUUGACGAUCAACACACCGCAGACAAUGCUUUCGAGGGCAAGGCCGGUUCGAGCUCUUUACUGUCAUCUUCAGAGUCGGAUGGAUGGAGCAAUGCCACGAGUAUGCCAUGGAACACCACCUCUGCCGCCAGCUUGUCGAGAGGACACACCGGCGGAAUGGCGACUUCUCCCGUCCAAACACGUACGAAUGACCGCAGCGCGGCUGGCCUUUCCGAUGCUCCGGACUCAUCAUACUUUACACUUCAGAAGUCGUCAGGAAUCGGAACCUCGAGCGGGGGUGCCGGACACAAGGCUUACUUGGGCUCUGGGUCUGAUACCAUGUCACCUUCCGGAGACGGUUUAAGCUUGGGCAAUUUCACAACCUUGAGAAAUGGGGAAAGCAGGAGACAUGUCAGUACGUCAACGUUUGGGGGGUCCGGGUUUCCGAUGAAGCAAGGGUUCUCCAACUCGCUCGAUAAUCAAAGAGCCGACGAUGUCACUUCCUCUAUGGGAAUGUCAAACUUGCAGACAGCACUUCCGGAUUAUAUGACGCAACACAUCGGGCGUAAUACGUUCUCUCACUCCGCGCACAACUCGGCGUCUUAUGCGCCGCAGCGACCAUCCCACUCGACUUAUCCAUCGUUCCACUCAGAAAGCCAAGGUUUCGAGGGUAGGUCGGGCAGCGGCUCCGUGGACCUGACUGCUGGGCUGAACAAGCUGCAAAUCGCGGAAGCGAGCUUUCCUACGCAUUCUGGUAUCAAUCGCCCAGCAUACCUCAACCAUAAGUCCUACGAUGCAGGAUUCCCGCGACUGAAAUAUCAAAACAGCGGAGAUGAAGCCGAGUACCAGCUCGCCUCAGCAUAUAUGAAUGAAUCGGUUUCUCCAGAGCUCCAGUUGGCAUAUCAGCCCAACAGAGGUCGUGUUGCGGAAGCCAACCCCAUUUCGCCUACCGACUACCGCAUCGACAGCCCGAUUUAUGCCCAUGACAGCAAUGCACACUUCCGAAACGGGUCGGGAACUCAAAUCGCGGGCAACGCAGCUGUUCUGCUGGAGCAAAAGCUGAGAGCUGACCAUGAGCUUUCUCAACACUCCGUCAACCCGCUUCACCAACGUGUUCCAUAUGCCCCUGCUUAUGACAUUGCUGGAUACCAAGCGCCCAGGCUGCAAAACAUGCAACAUCCCUAUUAUCCAGCGGCGCAUCUUGGGGCAGCAGCUCUUAUUUCGCGGGGCCCUCGUGAACAUGACCCCUCUCAGGUGGUUCGCAGCGCUGUCUUGGAAGAGUUCAGGUCUCUGAACAAAGGCAACAAGCGUUAUGAGCUGAAGGAUAUAUACACCCAUAUAGUCGAAUUUAGUGGGGAUCAGCACGGAUCCCGGUUCAUCCAACAAAAGCUCGAGACGGCGAACAGCGACGAGAAAGAGCAGGUCUUCCGCGAGAUCCAAUCAAACAGCCUGCAGUUGAUGACGGACGUGUUUGGAAAUUAUGUUGUGCAAAAGCUCUUCGAGCACGGCAACCAAACGCAAAAGAAGAUUCUUGCGAACCAGAUGAAGGGGCAUAUCUUGUCCCUAUCCACGCAGAUGUACGGGUGCCGCGUGGUCCAGAAGGCGUUGGAGCACAUCCUCGACGACCAGCAAGCCUCGAUGGUCAAAGAACUGGAGUCGCAUGUUCUCCGGUGUGUCCGCGACCAGAACGGGAACCACGUCAUCCAGAAGGCGAUCGAAAGAGUCCCAUCCGAGUACGUGCAGUUCAUCAUCAACGCCUUCAAGGGCCAAGUUGAGCGACUGGCCACCCACCCUUAUGGAUGCCGUGUCAUCCAGCGGAUGCUGGAGCACUGUGAGAUUGCGGACCGCGAAUCCAUCCUGGGCGAAUUGCAUGCAUGCACAUCCAAGCUCAUCACGGACCAGUUUGGAAACUAUGUGAUCCAGCAUGUCAUCGAAAACGGCGAAGAGAAGGACCGUUCGCAGAUGAUCGCGGUGGUCAUGUCUCAACUGCUCACCUAUUCGAAGCACAAGUUUGCGAGUAAUGUGGUGGAAAAGAGCAUCGAGUAUGGAGAAGAAGCUCAACGCCGGCAUAUUAUCAACUUCUUAACGAGCGCCAACGACCGAACCGAUAACGUCCUGUCCACGUUGAUACGGGACCAGUAUGGAAACUACGUUAUCCAAAAGAUUAUCGCGCAGAUGCCCAACAGCUCAGAGGAGAAAUUCGCUCUGAUCGCGCGUAUCCAACCCAUGCUCGAGAAUGCGAAAAAGAUCAGUUAUGGCAAGCAGAUUGUCGCUAUCGAGAAGCUGAUGGCGGGUGCUCUCGCCCUUCCGGGGGCAGCUGUCCCAUCUCACACGGCCACGGCCACGUCCACCACGCCCCCGAACUCCCACAAGUCUUCUCCCCAGCCCUCGAAGCGGGCCGUGAAUGGCGUUGAGACCUGCCGGGCGCCUCUGGUCGGGGCGGCACCUCCAACCCCACCCCCUAACGAGACCCAGGGCAACGACGAUGGCUCUGACUCGAAGAACAUUGUCAAAAGUACCGUGACACCGCUGGUUGAAUGUGAAUCUGCCGACCCAGUCUCGAGCGGUCCCGUCGAAUUCGCGGGAGCCAGCUAAACCGUCCGUCUUUGCCUUCGGGACUCUUGCUUACCCUUGCUCAUUCUGAAUUGUAAUCUUUUUUUCCCCCUUUCCUUCUUUGAUGUUUCGAGUUCACCCCACUUAUUUUUUAUUCCGGGCGUAUACAUACUGGGGGGCCUGAGGGAGAAAUGAAGCUCUUCCG